UGAUGCCCAGCCCCGCCGCGAUGAUCUCCCCAGAGCAGCCGCCGCAGCCCAACCAUGUUGUCGCGACCAUCGAGAACCUGCCGGCGGAGGGCGGCGCCGGCGGCAGCGGCAGGAGCAGCAUCUCCGCCUCCUCCUCCCCCGGCGUGCGCCAGCGGCUCCGGAAAGUGCUGAACAGGGAGCUCUUGCUGUCUGUGGCUCUUGGCCAGGUUUUGUCCCUUCUUAUCUGUGGCAUUGGCCUGACCAGCAAGUAUUUGUCAGAGGAUUUCCAUGCCAACACUCCUGUUUUCCAGAGCUUCCUCAAUUACAUCCUCCUGUUUUUGGUCUACACCACUACACUAGCUGUCAGACAAGGAGAAGAAAACUUGUUGGCAAUUUUGAAACGGAGAUGGUGGAAGUACAUGAUCCUGGGGAUAAUAGAUAUAGAAGCCAAUUACCUGGUAGUCAAAGCUUACCAAUACACCACUCUUACUAGUGUACAGCUCCUAGAUUGUUUUGUUAUCCCAGUGGUGAUAUUACUGUCCUGGUUCUUCCUGCUGGUCCGAUACAAGGCAGUUCAUUUCAUUGGAAUUGUGGUCUGCAUUCUGGGCAUGGGCUGUAUGGCAGGAGCAGACGUCCUUGUCGGAAGACAACAAGGAGCAGGUGAAAAUAAGCUGAUAGGGGAUCUCUUAGUACUAGGUGGAGCAACACUCUACGGCAUCUCCAAUGUUUGUGAGGAGUACAUUGUCCGAAACAUGAGUCGGGUGGAGUUCUUGGGCAUGAUUGGGCUGUUUGGCUCCUUCUUCAGUGGAAUUCAGCUUGCAAUAAUGGAACACAAGGAGUUGUUAAAAGUUCCCUGGGAUUGGCAAAUAGGGCUGCUGUAUGUUGGCUUUAGUGCCUGUAUGUUUGGCCUCUACAGCUUCAUGCCAGUGGUCAUUAAGAAAACCAGCGCUACUGCAGUCAACCUCUCCCUGCUCACAGCAGACCUGUACAGCCUAUUCUGUGGAUUAUUCCUCUUUAACUACAAGUUUUCAGGACUUUAUCUGCUGUCAUUCUUCACUAUCCUUGUUGGGCUGGUGCUGUACUCCUCCACCUCUACGUACGUAGCCCAGGAUCCACGGGUGUAUAAGCAGUUUCGAAACCCUUCAGGACCUGUUGUAGACUUGCCAGCAACCGGACAGCUGGAACCUUCAGUAACGUAUACCAGUCUAGGCCAGGAGACAGAAGAGGAGCCUCACAUCAGAGUUGCCUAAACCCAGGCACUUGUCUCCCACUGAUGAUUUCAGUGGAGUUUGUAUAUCCAUGAUCCCUGUAUUGUACAUAGAGAAAGGUAUUUACUGGGUACAGUUACACAGGUGAGCUUCAAGGUAGCAAUAGGGAAAGCUUGUAAAAGUUACAAACUAAUUGUCACUGGGUGUACAUUGCAAAGAGGUGCCAGUCCCUUAUUUAGGGUGUUAGCAUUAUACUGGUCUCAACAGAAUGCUCUGUGUGAAUCGCUCACUAUCAAAUGAUCUGUGAAGAUAUUCAAAAUACAAGCUGAAAUUACAUAGAAAUCAAAAGGGUAUUUUUGCACCUAUUGUGUGAUACUUUGCCAAGGCCACACUGAGUUGUGGAAAAGCCACAUUUUUACAGCAAGUCCACUUGUACAAUCACUGUUAUUUUCUCUCUUUUUAAAAUGUGUUUGUUUUGCACAAAUAGGAGGGAUACUUCUGGUAGCUACACCCUGAUGCAUUUUUGGUAGCACCUGGAUCUUUUGGGAGAAAGGAUUAAUGAGUUCAGCUGUACUAUCUGUCUGGUAGCCCACUUUAUAUGUAAUCUCUGCUAUGAGUGCAGGGGAGGGACAAUUUACAAUAUCAGUCUCUAUUCUAGGAAUAGGUGUAAAAUGAGCAUUUUAGCCUUUCUAUAUUUACAGAAGUGAAUUAUUGAAGCAUUGACCUUUUUAUGUUUAAUGGAGGGUUUCCUGGUGGCUGAGGUUCUGUACCAGGUGACAGAGGAAUUACAUUUCUGUGGCUGUGUCUAACCUGCAGAAACAAAACAGAACAAAUUUCUUAUUUUUAAAAUUAAAUCUGUAACAAAUUUUCAUUUUCUAUUUUCCUACAUAUUGUAGCUCUCAUUGGUAAUGAUAUAUCAGUCAGACCAGGGCACUUAUUUUCAAUGCUAAGUGCAUGUUCAGGAGCCUUCUACUAUUCCAGUUCUCAGUCCUGUGUGGUACAGGAGGCUUUGAGUUCCUUUUUCUAACCAUGCUAAUCUGGAAAUAUGUAAAUUUUUCAUUAGAACCUUCUUGUGCCACAAUCAUAAAUAUUAGUAUGAUAAUGCAGUGAUCUCAUGAAUAUUAAGAAUAAGACUGACCCAUCUGCUGGUGGUACUGCAGCAGCAUGAUGGUAUUCAUGCCAGAGAGGUGUAGCCAAUUAUUUUUCAUUUGUCUACAAAAGUAGAAGAAUUCAGCAGUUUUCUGAUAUUCACCAGGGAAUGUGACAGUCCCUCUGAAAUAAGGAUGUGCUCUACGCUGUAUUUCUGCUGCAGGAAACUCAUCAGAAAUGUGGAGCGUUUAAAACACUUCUAUUGAAUCUGAAGCAGAACCUUGCAAAUCUGUAGCCUGUCUUGAUUUUUUUUGCCCUUUUAAGAGCAUAGUGAAAGACAAAAGUCAUUGCUUCAUACAGCCUCAGUCCACUUUCCUCUUAAAAUUAAGGAAAGGAGGGAUAGUCUUGUGUUUAAAGAAUAGGAUAGAGCUCAGUUUUAUUCACAGAUCUGCCACAGACCUCUUGUGUGAUCUUAGACAUGUCAUUUAACUUCUGUGUGGCUUAGUUUCCUAAUUUGUAUAUACAGGGAUAGUAACUCUUUACCUCCCUCACAGGAGUAUUGUGGGACUACAUUUUUUUUAAAGUGCUUUAAGAUCUUCAGAAAAAAGGAGCCAAGGAAGUAGGACAUAUUAUAAUAAUAGCUUUUAUAUAUUCAUUGUAUUGGAAAACAGGGUGUGCAGCAAGGUUGUGGUAAAUUGCUGCAUUUUCUGCUGGUGGGCAUAUGAAAUGUAUUUUAGUUGAAUUACAUUAUUCUGAAGAAGUCAGUUUUAAAUGAAAACGUAGGGCUUUAUGUAAAAAAAAAAAUACAACUCACCUAUUUCUAUGAGAAAAAGAAACUGCACACUCUUGAGAUUGGAAAAGGCCAUGCAAAUCAACCAAGCAGGAUGGAUUUCUGCUGAAGUAACAAUUGUCUUAUAGUCCUGUUCUGCAAAGCUAUAAAAAGGACUUCUCUGAAGCAGCCUGAGGGAAGUUUACAUACAAGUAUAAAAAUGGUGACGUGCCAAUAUGCUAAUAAAUUACUGACUAUCUGUUUAAUCUCAUUCUUCCUGUUGAUGAGGAAGAGAGACACAGUCCAUCUCAUCAUGAUUAUGCUGCCCUCUAUGAUCCCACUGCAGUUGAAAAAGAGGGGAUUGUAAUAUUGUCAACCCCCCUCACACACAGUCGUGUUCAGAAAUCAUGAGAUUUACACACACACACACACAAAA